AUGAAGUUGUCAGAGUCUGUGGUCGUCAAGACUGCGUUGGCUCUCCUCGCAACCGAUGGAGUCUUCGGAAUACAUCUUGCUACCAUCGAGCCUUGCCCCAGUGCUACGAGCCUGAGUCUUGUCCCUAUUACGGUGUCCACUCAAUACCAGCCUGUAUCGACCUGUGAUCCUACCACUGCCUGUAUCAAGGGCAAGUGCUCGACCAUCUACCCCUUCACGACUUAUCCAUAUGUUUCGACAGUGGUUCCUUGCGCGUGGAACGGUACGACAACUCAAACAACCACAGUGACUGAUGUUACACAACCUUUCCGAGCCUCUGAACAUCUCGAGACCAUUACCAAGGUCACGGCUGUCCCAUCGACCAAACGCGACUGGGUUGACUGGUUCCAGAACAAGCGACCAACUAUUCGACGAGAUACUACCUUGUACGAAACUGUGACCAGGCGAGCAAUAGCACCAUUCAACGAGAUCGGGCCUCUACCCGUACCAGGCUGGAAUGGUAGUGGACUGUGCAAAGAGUGCGAAGAUCAAGGCGAUGGACGCUCCCAGCUCCUGGAUGUCGUCGAAUGUCGAUCUGGUGUCGAUGAGUUGGGGCAUAACUUCGAAAAAUGUGUUGAAUGGUACGAGACUUUGGUCGAACAGCCAUCUACCGCAGUCACUGCUCAAGCUCUCUGCUCAAGCCGGGGUAAGAUCCCUCAUGCUGGUGCAUAUACCUGGACUUUCCCUCAAGUUGCUCCUCCUGUCACCGUUACCGGCUCUCCAGAAACGGUGACUGUGACGGUCACAGUCGACGGCCGACCAUCCAUCUUAGUUCGUCCAAAUGUGCAGACACUCUCUGGUCAGCCAUGGAAUGCCUACAUCACCAAGUCUUUCUCUGGGCCCACGACUUUCAGCUUCAAUGUUUACGUCACAAAGGUU